GAGAGGGCUGGGCCCGGGGUCGUAUGAUGCUGCAGGCCGUGGGGACUUCAGUGAACGGUCGGUGGCAGAGCGGGCCAAAGGGCCAGGGUGGCAGAGGGCCCAGGAGACCGCCAGGCUGGCAGCCAUACCUCACCUCCUCUACAGGGAGGCCUGGGAAAACAAACGCUUCCUGAAAACUAAAGUGGGUCCAGGAACCUACAGAACAGCAGACUUUAUAGAGGAGCUGCAGAAGAAACCAGGCAGUAUAAGAGGAGUGUGUGACAGCAGGGAAGAGCGGUUCAGAAAAGCACAGAGCUGGACGCCAGGCCCUGGUUGCUAUGGUAAAAGGGGUGUUCCAUGGGCAGCGCUGGAGGAGAAGAGGUCGGGGUCAAAUGGAGCUCCCAGCAUGCACCUCAGCUCCUCGCUGCAACGCUUCCCAGAAGGCAACAGUACGGACUGUGGGCUGAGUCCCUGUACCUAUACUCUAAAGAGCAGCACAGAGGCGUUGUUGGCCAGCGGCAGCAGCAGGAGAGGCGCAUAUGACCUCUUCACUGGACCACGAGACAAACCCAUCACCGCUGGAUACUUCGCUACCCCGAAGUGUGUAAACCUGACUCCAGGGGAGUACCCUAGUGUGUGUGUGGGCUUUGGAGAGGAGAUGUGUCGUCGUGAAAAGCGGAAACACGGUGUGUUUGGAAUGUUGGAUCAGUACCCAGUUGUUCCAACAGAGAGAAUCUACCACAGCACCCCGUCCCAAUGCCCUCGACCUGCUACGUUCCCAGGGCCAGGGUGGUAUGAGGCCGUCCCUCCACAGUCCCGUCCAGAGAGUCACACCCAUCCCCCCUUCCUAUCCUCUGCCCCCGUGCCAGCCGCAGGACAGAGAGAGUGCAGAAUGGAAAUUAUGUGA